UGAGCCGGGAGCCGCGGUGGGGACGGCACCGAAGCACGAUGCGGGCACCGCUGCUGCUGCCGCUGCUGCUGCUCGGUGUCAGCUCUCAGGAUGAUGCACAGACAUCUCCUCCAAGCACAGGAGCACCUGGGUCCAUCAUCACUACAGUCACCACGAAGGCACAAGAGACCACCCCUGCAAGCUCACCAUCCACCUCUACACCAGCACCCACCCCAGCUCAAGACACCACCACUACAAGCAAGCCAGGAAACCCAACACAAGCCUCUGUGAUAUCAUCCACCACAGUGUCAUCAACCACCCCUGUAAACAACCCAGGGAACCUAUCACCCACCCUUGCAAUGUCUCCCCCCUCAGUUCAAGGGGCUACCCCAACAAAGAACCCAGUAAACCCAUCACUCUUACCUGCAACAUCACCACAACCACCUCAGCAGGUCAGUUCUUCAACCAGCUCCAGAGCCUCAGCAGCCACCCCUGCUGCCACCUCCAGUAUCACACAGCAGAAGACCAGCCCUGCAGCCAGCUUGGGCAGCUCAGCACCCAUCACUACCCCAAGUCCUGUCCUCACACACAUGAGCAGCUCUGCAGCCUCCACAGGGAGUAUAGGAAGUGCUGUUGCUUCCUCUCCCGGUGUGAAAGCUCAGGGAAACCAGCUUUCAGUCCAGGGGACCACUACCACUGCAAGCACCAGGGUCCCAGGGAGCACCUCUUCCCAAGGGAUCAAGGACUAUGGGGUCACUGCUUCCACAUCUGCUACCAAGCAGCCUCACUCUUCUGCCAGUUCUCCAGGCCAGGGACUGGCCUCUUCCACCAGUCCUGGAAGCAUCAGCAUCUCUGUUCCCCCUUUUGGAUCCAUGUCCCCCACCACCAGUAAAGAAUCCCUGACUUCACCAUCUGGCAGCAUGGACAAGGUCUCAGAGGCAGCCACUACACCGACUCCUGCAGCAGACCAGAGAAGUCAUCCAUCAACCAAGCCUGCAAGUGCUGACCAGAGCCCUGCCAGUGCACAGCCACCAUCCCCAUCACUGGGGGACCAGACAGCGAGCUGCAGUCCUGGCCACCAGCACCCUAACAUUUCAUUCCAAAAUGAGGUCAUCUGUAAAGACCAGGUGCAAAAUACUUGGCCCACCAUGUACCUGAAAGAAGCUAAAACCUGUGAGGAGUGGAGAGUCGCCAGCACCAACGUGUCCUUCUUUGAGAGCUUCUGCUCCACAGCCCAGCACGCGUUCAAUGCCAGCAGGGAGACGUGCACAGUGAUACUGAGCGCCUGCCAGCCCCGCUCCCAGCACUGGGCUGUGCACACCAUCAUACACAUCCCUUUGGACCCUGAAAAAGUCCUUGAGGAGCUUAAGGAGAAGAAGGACAAGUUAGAGGAGCUGGGCAUCGCCAACAUCACCUAUGACAGGAUGGAGAGGGAGAUGGUCAUCACCGAUGAGUUCAGCACGCCCCUCAUCAUCACCAUCGUCACCCUGGCUGGCUCCCUAUUGCUGAUCGCUGCCAUCUAUGGAUGCUGCCACCAGCGCUUCUCCCAAAAGAAGGACCAGCACAUCCACCCUGAUCUCCCCGGGUUUGAUGAUGGACAUGUGGCCCUGAUCUUUAAUCAGCGCCUGACCGAGGAGCUGCAGACGAUGGAGAACGGGUACCACGAUAACCCCACGUUGGAGGUGAUGGAGACCUCCUCUGAGAUGCAGGAGAAGAAGGUGAACCUCAACGGGGAGCUGGGGGACAGCUGGAUUGUGCCUCUUGACACGCUAAUGAAGGAGGACCUGGAGGAAGAGGAGGACACGCAUCUAUAGGAUGCAGAACUCGAUGAAGCAGACAACCAACCACCAACCCCCCCAAAAGAACCCCACAAUUCCUACACACACACACACACCUCCAAAACAAGGCAGAAUUCCCAAUAAACCUCAGAAAAACCCAUUCAUGAACUCAUCCUGGCCCCUUGUGCCAUGGAAGAGGAAGGGACACAAGAAGACACCUCUGGGGCCCAUCAUCAACACAAGCCACUGUGGUGGCCACAUAUGGACAAGCAUCUCCAUCACCUGCGGGUGCUCAGCAGGACCUACCACACCAGGCAUGGGCUCAUGGGGUGGCUUUGCUCCUGGAGAGCUGCUGGUGUCUCCUCCAAGCGUGUCCCCUCCCAUCCCAUGUCCAACCACACCAACUGCAUCCUCCAGCUACCGAAUCACUCCGAGAUGAAGAGAAAUAGAUGUCAAUAGGGUGGGAGAGGGAGCACAUGUCCCAAGAGCAAGUAGAGCCAGGAAGUCCUCUAGCCCAUGCUGUUUAGUUGUCACUUCGCCCUCCCAGCACCCGAGUAUCAAGUGGACCAGCCUGUUCCUUGAGUUUUAAUCCGGUUUCCAUCCUCUCUCCAUAAACUGCUGGCUGAAACGCACAAGACCCUGUGUUGUGCCAUAGGCAAAUGAGCACAUCCAGACCAGGUUGGAUGGGAGGGAUGCAGCAGUGCCUGUGGGAUGGAUCCUGAACACAGUAGGAGACCAGGAGAGGCACAGCAGCUCUUUGUAUUGAUGCAAAGGGGAGGGAGAGGAAAAGGAAUAACUGCUUGAGUCCAUUCCUCUGAGGAAGGGUGAACUGAGACCAAGAGGGAUGCCUGCUCACUGGUCAAGGCACAAGGUUGGGGGUUCUGGAUGACAAAGAGGGGCUCUUCAUCAGGGACUGCAGUGACAGGACAAGGGGUGAUGGGUUCAGACUGAAACAGGGGAAGUUCAGGUUGGAGAUAAGGAAGAAGCUCUUCCCUGUGAGGGUGCCCAGAGAAGCUGUGGCUGCCCCAUCCCUGGCAGUGUUGGACACAGUGGAAGGUGUCCCUGCUCGUGGCAGGGAUUGGAACUGGAUCAGCUUUAAGGUCCCUUCCAACCCAAAGCAUUCCAUGAUUCCUGGUGCAGGAGUCUGACUCUGUUACUGCAUUCCCCUACAGAAGUGUUGAUUGCCUUCCAGUCUUUACACAGCAGCAUCUCACAGCCCACAUCCAUCCUCUUCUAAGGCCAUGGGUUACGUGCCCCACGGUGGUUUGUGGUUCUUGUGGUCAUGUUUUCCUGCAUGAGCAGCAGAAGAGGGGAAAGAACAGCAGCACGAGCUGGGUAGUUUGGUGGUGUUCUGGGUUUACCAUUGGUGCAGCCCUUGGUGUUCAGUUUCGAAGCUCAGCCCACACUUUCAAGCUCUUCUUCAAUAGCUGGUAAAGUAAGAGACCAGCAGCAAAGCUGAGACCAAGCCUUGUCCUGCAGCCCUUGGUCUGUUGCCCAGGUCUCCCUUUGCUUUAGAGGGGAAAAGAAGAAUACACAGGAGCAGAAAGCAGUUGGACUGAGGCUGAUCCUGGUUUCCUAACUCCCCAUCACAGCUCCUGAGUGGCUCUAAAAGGAUGGGGAGAGUUUCCCACCUUAGCUCUGGAUUUGGGGAAGCAGCUCAGCAGAGGCAAGUAUCAGAGCAGGGCUUCAUCCUUUGUCACACAGAAAAGGGAGGAGAUGAUGGGAAGGUCAUUUGGGUGAGAGCAUCCACCAACACAGGAGGAUGUGGUGGUCCCAAGCCCUCUGCAAGCCACAGGGGCUGCAGAUGAAGAGCAAUGCCUGAGCACGGCCUUUCCUUUCCCCUGCUUGCCAUAAACCAGGCAUUCACCAAUGCACAACAGCCCAUUCCCUUUGGGCUCUGCCACCAAGUCAACAUGAUGGGGAUCUGCUCCCAUGGCUGCCCUGAAUGAAGGGAGAAGCAGAGCUGAGCAAUGGAAAACUUGGAGAAACAUGGAUCGAUUUGGUCCUUGGGAAUACACGUGAAGGAGAGGGUCGGGGUGGGACAGAAGAUGCCUCCUCCAAGGGCCUGGCUCUUCUCCCUUCUCUCCUGCACCCAAGGGCAGUGAGUUUGAAGCAUUCAAACCUAUACAUUUUUGUAUGUAAAUAGUCCUGCUAUUCAUCAGCAAUGUAUUCAGCAGCCUUCACUUCCCCUGCACUGCACUGUGGGGAAGUCAUUCCGGAGGGGACGGGGGUUGAAAGGCAAAGAAACAAGGAAAGAAAAAGCCAAUGGCCAUGCUGGGAGGGGAUCCAACCCAACACGAAGCAGGAGAACACAUCCUGCCCAUGUAACCUUGUGCCACGGCAGCACCAAGUCCAUCUCUGACACUGCAGCAAGGCUCAAAGAACCCUUGGGCUUGGCAUUAGCAGUUGCUUUCCGAGCGCCUUCGGUUCCCUGUUGCCGCAGGGAACACACUGACCCUGUGUUCCUGCCCUUGGCAUGGGAUCAAUGCAGCCAAAGGAUGGGGUUUUGGCCACAGGAGCCGCUGUAGGGAUGCUCCCGGCAGAGCAUCUCCAGGCAGUGGCUAUUGGGCACGUGCCUAAAGAUUCCCCCUUCCCAGCAAAGAGAUGCCAAAGUGCUUUAAUGAAUCAGGUCCAAAGACUUUCCAAGAGAAUCCUUCCCAAGGCUUGAGGUGAAGCAAGCUGAGGUCUUUCCUUGCAGAUGUUGACUGCUCAGCAAGUGCUUACAGGGAUUUCUAUCUGAAUGGGAAUUGUACAUUUAUUUAUUUUUCCAGACACCGUAUUUUUAAACCACUGAUAUUUUAUAGUAGAGUUUUCCUUCCCCCUAUUUAAAGAACUAUUUCCGUGAGAAAGAAAAAAGAAAGAUAACACCAGUAUGGUUCUUAUGUUGAGAACAUUCUUUUUUGGGCUCGAAAAAGAGACAUAAACAGGUAGGAAAUGCAGUAAUUGAGCAUCUUUGGCCUUAAUCCUUCCCGUUAUAGACUGCAGCCAUACUGUUUAGACCAAAAACUAACAGGUAAAACAAACCUAUCCCAGCCUUUCCUUCCUCCCUUCCCCAUGCUCCUCUUCUCUCCCCCAAACCAGCUUUAACACCCAACACGUUGUACAAGGAGCUUCUUACUCUUACCUCCUGGUGGGAGCUUCCCAAGCAGCUCAGAUGUCCUGGCUGGAGACUUUUCCGUCUUCGGAUUCACAUGGAACGUGUAAAUACUUUAGGACCAUUUAUCUCCCACUCACAGUGCCAUGAUCCAAGCGCUGAGGUUGAGACUGUGACUGGUGUUGCCUACAGAGGACAUACAGGAGACAUCAUCCAUAAGGGACUGCAGAAGGAGAACCUAUUUCCUGUUGAACCUUGCACAUAUACUAGAGCUCUUACGUACUGUAUAGCAGCAUCUCUCACGGGGACAGGAGUCUGAUUUACACUGGAAUUUACUGAGGAACUGGAUUGUAGAGAUUAUUCUUGCAUUUUCCUACAAAUAUAUUUUGGAAGCAUCAUGUAUUUCUGUCAAUAAACGUUCUUAUG